AUGUCGACCUACUACUACACUGCCCAUCAACAACAUCAAGCCACCAAUCCGCAGCCGAUGCCCCAGACUCAUAGCCACCAUGGCCGGUCUCGACGUGCACCUCGAUUGUCGGCGGCCCAAAACUCCCAUCGGCAGUUCCGAGCGCCCAAAGUAGUCAAGGAGAUUGUUGUCACCGAGCCUCCAAGCAUGAGUGCAUACCGGGCGCGGUUUGAGGCAGGCCGGUCGUUCGACCUGGACGACGAUCUGGAGUUCUGCCCAAACCUCUUGACAUUCGAUGAGCGUCAGUCGGUAACGUCAGGGUCGUCGGAUCGUUCAUCGUUGUCGAGUGGCUCGCCGGAUUCAUCUCCUCUCCAAUCCCAGAUUCAACCCCAACAAAUAACACCCGCCCUGUCCAUCUCCUCUGCCGUCACGUCCGCGUACAUGUCCCCGCCGAGCUUCGCCGGCAACCACAACAACCUCAAGAUCCACCAGCCGUCGGCGAUCCGUUCUCGCAACAACGCCAUCCCGAUUGUGAAUCCCUCCACAGGCAACCGCAUUGCGAGCCCACCGUCAUCCAUCUCGCCAGGUAUGAUGCAGCAAACAACUGCCGCCCGCCGGUGGUAA